UUGACCCGCCAGAACAUCAAGCGAAGUUGGACCAAAGGACUUGGAUUAGACCAAAGGAUUCUCACAUCAGAAGGUGCGCAUAGACGACGUGUCGAGAUACAGAGAGGCUCAGUAUAUGGACCAUGUCGUCUUCACCAUCUCCACCUAGUACACCCCUUCCUCCGACUGCUUCCAUUCCUGCAUCGCCACCUAGUAUAACGGAAUCUAGCCAUCUGUUUAUAGGGCUUGAGACAUCCUCCUCACCAGGCGACCGCACUCCCUUCGAUAUCGAUAUAGAUUCUUAUCCAGGACAUUCACCAUCCCGUGCCAAGCUACCUACUCCAUCAUCUUUCUCACAGAGGCUCGCUACGACGCCGACCUCGCCACGAGAUGAGUCGACGAAAUCGCUCGGCGGACGAAAAGACGUCGGGGCAAAGAGUUUGCCUUCUCGCCAUCCAUUCAAUCUCUAUACCAUCCCACAAAAGGCGGACACGUCUACAAAUAGGAACUCUGCAUCGCCUAUACCACCACCCUCAGCAUACGUUCGUCGAGGACCACCAACGGCAUUGAAUUUACACCCUGUUCGCAUGCCUCUGGGACCUGGAUCCACCUCGUCUCCAUUCAGCCGCCAUAUCCCAGCUUCGGCCCCUCUGUCAAAGAUUGCGAGUGUAGGAGCCGCUCGCAGAUUAUCCGAUGCACAGGAGAAACCAGGUCGAUCUCCGGCUCCGCCCAAUACCGCAAGUCUCGAUCGGAACACUGCAUCCAAACAGAAGAUCAAGCCCACAACGCCAGCUUCCAUCUGGACAGAAGGACUUCCAAACCCUCGCACCAGCGGUUGGAUUUCUCCUGCCUUGACCACGGGACGAAGUAUCACCUCGGCGACCUCGCGACCAAGAGGACUCCAAGUUGCCAUCCUGAACGAUAGCAAGCAAGAGUUGAUCAUCGGAGAUCUGCCAAUUCAUGGGGGCAAUCCGCUCAAGUCCCCCGUGUCUAUCCUCAACUCGAAUCCGCAAGGAGCUACUGAUCAGCAAGGUUCUGGAAGCGAUUCACGUCGUCGAGAGAUCAUUCUGUGCAGAUACUAUCACACUCCAGGCCUGACGUGCACGUCUCGUCCUUGUCGCUUCGUUCACGCUCUCGAAACGAAGUACUUGCCCACCUCUACAGGACAAGUCCCAUCCACGGCUCCAGUCGCACUUCGGCUUGUCUCGCCUAAAGUUCAAGAUCCAACAGGAGGUAUCUUUGCAAAAGCUCAGUCAAGCACAAAGUCACCUAGGUCCACUUGGCGCAACUCCAUGCCUUCCAGUGGUAUUUCAGGCAUCGCAAGACCCUUACUGGCAUCUCCAAUCUUGUCAAGCUCCGCGCAGGUCGGUGCGUCAGAUGACAGUCUAUCAAUCGCAGAGAUCCAGGAUUCGCAGAAAAUAUUCGCGUCUAUGGAGCCCGGGCAGCGGGUCGUCUUAGCUACCGAGGAUGGAGUUCAGCUGAAUGGUACAGUCUUCUUGAUGAGUGGAGGUGGAAAAGGGGCUGUCGGAAAGUCAAAGGCAAAGUACAAAACUGUCGGGUGCAAGGAUUACGCCGCUGGCUAUUGUCCCUAUGGGGACUACUGCUCGUUCAUUCAUCAGGUCUCAGUCGCUGUCGAAUCCCCUGGAAUGGUCAAAUCGAGAUCCGAAGAUCUGCUCACGACCCUCGAAAUACCGCAAGAUGAAUCUGAGAGCAAUGUGGCGGACCCGACUCCCUUGACCGUCCAAGAUUCACCUGCCCGUCGACGCCAUUCUACUGGAUCAUACGCCCGGGCUGUAAGACCCUUGGCGAUCAUUCCUCCUGUUCUCGAGGCCGAGUCUAGCAAUGUGAUCCUGGUUCAGAAUAUCGAUGAAGAUACGGUCGGCGACAGGAUGUUGGAUCAGGAAGAUGCGGUUGAAAUGCCCAAGGAGACAUCGAAUGACUGUGUAGGGAUUGCACAGCCAGUUAAGACCGACGCAGACGUUUGUCAUCAAGCAGACGUACCCGGUCCAUCUCCGGUGUCUGCAAGAUCUUCAGCUUGGUCUCGUGGACCACCAGCGUCUCUCAAGUCUUUGACAUUGAAAAAGGUGUCUAUCUCAAAUCUAUCGAAUUCGACAGGAUCCCGACUCGUGCCACCUCCUUCUGCCGUGUCGUUCUUCGGGACAGAGUCUGACCCGGCUACGCCUUGGGACCCUGCCCUGCGACAGCAGCAAACCGACGCCAUACGCGAUACGCCGUGGAAUCAUAGUGCCUAUGCCUCAACGAUCGACCAAACUGGAGAGGUCUGGCCAACCGUCGAUCAGGCCAACAGCGGCAGUAGAAAGAGACACAACCAGGAUGGCAGACCGCAUGAACGGCACGGCACCGACAUUGAUUCGGUGGAUGCUCAAAAUGUCCAUCCAGAAUAUGAAGGCCCUGUGUUGACCGAGGCCACUACUCUGCAAGGAGCCCCUCCGCAACCAUCCAUGGUCCACCCGCCCUACGGAGUCCAGCCGUAUGUCGAGACAGCAUCUCCAGAUCACAGGCAAGGGUGGCCAUUCUAUGAUCCAUGGACGGGAUCCUUUGAUAGGCAGGCCACAGAUAUGCCUACCUCUCCAGGUAUGUGGAGCUCGCCUCCUCCGAUCAUGUACCCUUGGGGCAUGCCGAUGAGCCCUGUGGUUUCUCAACAACCCCAUCAUCAGGAAAACGAAGCGCAUGACAGCCCUAAGAUGGAAAAAGGAAGCAAGACUGGUCCGGUCUCCCAUUUGCGAGGCAUGUCGUCCCCGGUUGGCUUACCUCACGUGCCCGGUGGACUCGGUGUCAUGUGGACUCCUGCAGGCUGGGCUGUCCAAGAUGCGGCUAUGAAAUUGGAUCUGAGACUGGCAGAAAUGAAGUUCUUGUCCGAAAUCACUGGCAACUCGGUCGAAAGCGCUCAAAACAGGGACAAGAAGGUGUAUUACAAGAGUCGUCAAUGUCUAUUCUUUUCACAUGGGAAUUGUCCUCACGGCGAUCAGUGUACCUACCGGUAUGAUCCACCUUCUCGGACGUCGUCGCCCUCGAACCCCUCGACUGACCCUAUUACGCCUGCAACGCAACGGUCGCGCACGUCGACCCAGGGAUCCCCCGUCAAGCGCAAACCUAUGCCUGUAUUACCGUGUAAAUUCUUCAACUCCACUUCAGGCUGCUCUCGCGGAACAGAUUGUACAUUCCUGCACGCCAUGGUCGUCCCCAUAUCCAUGCCAUUGGUAGAUCGUCCUCGACCUUGGCGAACGAAACCAUGUCGACACUGGCUCGUUGGAAGGUGCACACUCGGAGACGCGUGCCACUUUGCACACGUCGAUGCGAAUGGAAAUGAUGAGCAUGUCAACCCUCCACUCCGGCUCAAUACGAGCGCGUACGAUAUGUACUCUGCAGAGAUACCUCUUAGUGAGGCAGACGUCUCGCUCGCUAUGAGGGACAUCAAACGCUAUAGCCCGACUAGAGUGGACAGUGAUGACGAGGAGGAGGAUAAUGUCGAGAUCAUCCCGUAGAUUACGGAAGCCGUGUCCAUCAGAACCUAGUAGAGAGAGAAAGAGAAAGAGAGAAUGGGGUGAACCCGAUUGUAGGGCAUAUUGAUUCCAGCUUUUUACAUUAUAGGACUGUGUGCAGCUGCCAUGAAUACAUAGAAGCGAGAUUAUACUAUAAAGAUAGGGACCGCACCAUCUGGAUCUACAUGUACAAGGACCUCGGCACGACGUGCAGGCCAA